AUGUCACGAACCCCAUCUCUAUUCAACUGCCUAAUAAGAACCCACCACAUAACAUCCCGCAAAAAGCUCUCGCGCGUCCGCCGCGCAGCCCAGCAGCUCAACGUAGACUGGCUCCUCGUCCGCAGCGGCGGCUCGCCGGGACUAAUGUUUGCCGAGGCGCGCGACGAGGCGGGACUGACGGAGUGGGUUUCCGCGGUACAAGCGUUGCGGUAUAAAGACUUCCGAUGUGUUGCGAAGCCUGCGCCUGCGCCGCCGGAAGGGAGUGGUGUGAGGAGGACGGGGUAUGACGAGACGGGGGAGGUGAAGGAGUUUGCAAAGUUUAUGGAUGAGAGGGGGUUGGGAGAGUGGUGGAAGAAGGGGAUGGGGUUUGCUUAA